UGUAUUCUACUUCAGUUCGGUUCAGUGUGGAUUUUAAGUUAUAUUUUAUUCGUGUUACAAAAUUUUAAAAUGUAUACAGUCUCCAAAGGACCCAGCAAGAUUGUCGCGAAAACUCGUAGAGGUCUCUCACAGAAUCUAGAAAGGUUAGACAGCCGUAAAGACUACAACAGGAAAUCUUCAGAGUCUGACAAUGGAGAAAUAAUCAGCAUGCCAAAACCAGUAUUCCAUUCCAAUGGUAAAAAGACAGUGCACCAAAGAAUACAGCACAAUGUAAUAACUCCACAACACGAAGAAAUAAUCAGAUAUAUCAGUGAAACUUGGACACAAACAGCAAAUGGAGACAGUGAGCCCUCCACACCUACAAGCACAAUUGGAUCCGGUAGUUCCUCCCCUGCGCCCCCCACAAACCUUUACUACCAGGAUGAUGCGCCCAGCUCCGUCCUACACGACUUCAAGCCGUUUGACCUUGAAACCUGGUGGGGCAAGCGGCUCUUCCAGAACAUCACAAGCUCGCUCUGAGCCAACCAGGUCCAAAGAUAUAGAGAGGGAACAUGAAACAUUUCGGUAGCGUAAGUCACAAUCAAUUGCAGUUUACUAAAUUUUAUAAACAUAUAGCCUUUUUACUAGGGAUGUGCGGUAAGGUUUUGCUUUACGCAUAAAGCCCAUCAGUACUAGCCCUUAGUUUUAAUACCGAUUUUUGUUAGCGCAUCUGCAUCACUAAUUUUGGACAUUUGCAAUACGCGUCAGAAGCGAUUUCAAUACGAUACAUUAGCACAAUAUCGAUUCAGUAGCUUCUGCAUCGAUCUAAACGCGAGAUUGUUUCGGUUUUGGGAGUCAGUAUGGUUAAAGAAAGACAACCAGCAACAAAAUUUCGUUUGUAACCUCCCUUCAGAGUCCAGAAAGCAGGGUGUUUGUCCAGGAUAGGCAAUAAACUGGCAGCUUAUUUAAUGGAAGAUCCACCGCAAGUGCUGUGAUUUUAUGCACUUAUCAAAUGUAAACUAAUGACUGGACUUAGGCCACUAACUACAGAUUUACUUAUCUAGUUACUUCUUUAUGGUUGCGACAGUAAGAUAGAUCUAAGUUUAAUGGUAUGCACUUGAUAUAUGCGUAAAAGCACUGCCUAACCUGAAGUUUUUUUUUUUAUACGUGUUAAAGGUUUUUACCAUCUGCCCUUACCGCGGUCGUAAACACUUUGCACGCCUCUAAAUCUGUAUGCAUCUGCACCUUUUUCAACUAUGUUUUUAAUCACGAAAAUGUACUGCAGUCCUUACGAAAAGCGCAAUAACUUUGUUUCGGGCCUCGCAAACUUUUAUAGAUUCAAAUUUAAAAUUAAUUUAUUUUAAUAAGCCUCAUAUAGCCUUUUCGAAACGUCAAGUAUGACUGUUUGUCGUGACUCUACUACCGGUUCUUUUAAAACAUCAUUUUAUAUAUUUUCAAAGCGGAGUAGUUUGCUCCCAAUAGAUAUUCGAAGUCGGCAAUAUAAGUUCUACAUUGUCAGACAGUUUUAACGUAACUCUGGUUUAUUUUACUACAAUAUCCAGGACUGUGGAUGAAUCUAGUUAUUUCACUUCUCGUAAGAACGUUUAUAUGUUUAAAAUAAAUGCUAUAUAAGUUACACAUAUAAACAGUAAUAUAAGUUACAGAGUCGACAACUAUAUCGUCAUGAUCGUAGAUGAAUGGUGGAUUUGAAUUUUCUAAAACUUAAAGUUAUUAUACAGUUCCAUAAUUUAUUUUCAUUAAGUUAAAAAUUUAAAAAAUAAUUGUAAAU